AUGGCAUCUCACCACACUCGUUCUCUUAGUUUUCCAUCAAAACCUCACCCGAUUGCAGAUCAAUUGGAUGAGCAGUUGUGCAGAUUGAAGUCUUCUCAAGCAGCCUCAACUUCAUCCCUGACCAACAAGCUUACCAGCCUUAAAGAAUUGUAUCAGAGUGUCGAUGAGUUUCUUCAGCUGCCUAUUGGUCAGAAAACCAUAUCUCAAACUCAAUGGACCGAGGAGAUGUUGGAUGGAUCUUUACGGCUUCUUGACAUUUGUGCCACAUCUCGGGAUGCCUUGGUGCAAUCUAAGGAACGGCUCCAAGACAUUCAAUCAGUGCUUCGAAGAAGGUGUAGUGGUGAAUUUAACAUCACCAGUGAAGUCGAUGAAUACUUGAAAACCCGAAAAACAUCCAAGAAAAUAAUCAAGAAAUGCUUGAAAGAUAUCAAGGAAGUCGACAACACUAACGAGGCCAAUGUACUUAAGGAUGUGCAAGCAUUGACAGUUGAUGUCUUCAAGUCGUUGUUAUCCUACAUCAGUGGAUCACAAAAAAGUAGCUGGUCUUUCUCAAAACUUAUCAGCCAAAAAGCUGAGAAAGAUUCAACAGCAUCCACCAACGAAUUCGAUGUUGUUGAUGCUACUUUAGAGUUAAUGAUCUGCCAGAAAAAGAAAGCAAAUAUCGUUGACAUCUCACAACUAGUGAAAUUAGAAUCAGAAAUUCAAGAAAUUGAGGAAGUUUUAGAAUCCUUGUUUAGACAUCUAAUUAAAACCAGAGCAACUCUUCUUAAUGUCCUCAGUAACUAG